UACACAUUCUACAAGUCACGCAUCCCGUUCCUCGGGAAGCAAACAGGAUGUGACGAGUGGGCACACAUUUAUCCUCCUCUAGUGUAGACAUCUUGAGAGUCGCUGUGGAUGUGUCUCCCAUAUGCUGAACCACGGUGGAACCAUGUGCGAUCGAAUGGCGUUGGUGAUGGUCUUGAUCUUUAUCUUUGUAUCGGUCACUGCAGAAUCUACACACGGCUGUAUCCAGUCUCACGAUCUCCAUGGAAUUUCUGUGGAUUGCAGGAACAGACACUUGAAAAGCAUUCCUUCCGAUCUUCCACAAAAUACAACACGUUUAGAUAUGAGUCAUAACAGCAUUUCGCGCAUUGUAAAGAGAUUCCUACAUUUGCCGAACCUGAAAUAUCUGGACUUAUCAUUUAAUACUAUCAAAAUACUCGAAGAAGGAGCAUUUUUUGAGGCAGCUGAUUUAGAAGAACUCUAUCUCAAUAACAACGAGUUGAGGCUUGAUUCCACCACCUACCCAGAUGACGUAUUCCAACCUUUACAGAAGCUUCAGAUGCUCCAUCUGCACAACAACGACCCCCGUUCCGAAGGAACGUAUCCGGAAAAGGCCAUUGCGAAACUUAAGCAUGUUCAAGAACUGAAAAUUGACACUUUUACCUACACCAAUUUUGGACCAGGAUUUUCAGAGCUUACAAGUUUGAAGCGCCUUGUGUUUGGAUUUAGCCAGUGCAAACUUUCAUUUCUUUAUAAUGACACUUUCCAAUCAUUUCAGUACAAUGUGCUGAUAGAGACACUGGAUCUCCAUCUAUGUCCACUUACCAGAAUAGGACCAAAUGCAUUUCGGUACCUGGCGUCCCUGAAGAAUCUGGUCUUGUCAAACGCAAUUACACUAACUCCCACUGAAGCGGUAUCCGCAAUGUAUGGCCUGAGAGGAAAAAAUUUAACCUCCAUCAAAAUUAAUCAUAUCUUUCAAUUGUUUAAUCUUAAAAUAGGGUUAAUGAAUCAGCGAAUAUUAGAUAAAACCGUCGUUGCAAAUCUGAAAGAUGUCUGUGUGGAAAGAUUUGAAAUGAUCAACUGUAAGCUGUUAUGGUUUGACAGUUCAAUUUUAGUUGAUGGGUCCACUUUUGCUUCCUGCAUUAAAGUCAUUGACUUUUCAGGGAAUGAUUGGUUGGGAGAUCCCAAAAUAUUGUUUGCAAUAUCCCUUAUGCCAAAUCUUGUAUCCCUCAAUUUGUCAGAUACCUUAAGCAUGACACAGCAAUCUACGAAACAAAGACUUGUAGAAAUAUGUGCAAUCUCAUUCCCGACACUUGGCCUCACACUCCCAGAAACAUUGGUGUAUUUGACUCUCAGUGGUAAGAACUUUGGUUGUUUUUCUAAUGUAACCAUAUAUAAUGGUAUGUCGAUGAAAUAUAUGUCCUUGACAUAUGCAGGCCUUGACAGAUUCAGUAGUACAGUCAGAGGGCUUCAUAACCUUUCUUAUUUAGACAUAUCAGGUAAUAACCGUGCCGGAAUAUCGUCUUUGUUAUUAGCCAGCUUUCCUAUGCUUGACACCCUGAUUAUGUCGGAUGCCAAUCUUGACCUGGGAGAGGCAUUAUCUGAAGUACAACAUGGGUUAUCUUUUCUGCCUCACCUACAUACACUGGACGUAAGUUCGAACAAUCUUCGAAUGCUCAGUGUCACCUCCUUUGAAGGCGUUCCACUGAAGUCCCUCAUUCUGUCAAACAACAGAUUUUCAACAAUACCUUUUGACCUAUCUACAACGCCCUAUCUGAGUCACCUUGACCUAAGCUCCAACUCAAUAGCAGCGCUUUCAACAACGGAAAUGAAACAGCUCGAUGCCCUGGCCGUAAGGAACAACCUAUCGUUAGACCUGAAUGGUAAUCUCCUGUCGUGUGGAUGUAAGACGUUGGACUUUAUUAUAUGGUUGUUCAAGACAAAUGUGAGAACAACGGCAGAAAAUUCCUCAUGUGCCAAAGACGAUGGUGCCGUGACAAAUACGUUCUACAUAUAUGAACAUUACGAUGAAAUAUGGAAGCAAUGUGUAGGGGGCUUUUGGCUUUCUGUGAGUGUUGUUUGUUAUGCUGUCAUAGUAUUGGUGACGAUUGCAAUAUUUGUAAUUUAUCGAAGAAAAACGCUUCUCAUAAAUAUUGUUUUACGGAUGUUUGGUUUCAAGACAACAAAGGAAGCACUGAAAAGAAAGGAUUUCCCUAACGAUGCUUACAUCGCAUAUAGCGAGAACGACUACCAAUAUAUUUGUCACACUGUGAGAGAUCACCUUGAGAACCAGCAUGGGCUUAAACUGUUCCUCAAGGACAGAGACACCAUCCCUGGAGGACAAAUUGCUGAAGACAUCAUCGACGGUAUAGACUCCAGCUGGAAUGUAAUUCUAGCUCUCAGCCAAUCAUUUCUUGAGGAUCAGUGGUGCCGCUUCAUUGUCAACCGUGUAGUGUAUUCCUCGUCUAGAAUGCCAGCAGGGAGCAUUGUUCUGGUGUUGUUUGAGGACGUGCGACGAGCGGACAUCCCUCCGACCUUGCUGAACGUUGUGGAGGAGAAACAAAUCUUCGACAUGGAAAAGUACAGGGGCGAAGAAGGGAAACUGUGGCAAGACGUCUGUCAGUGUAUUGUGAUACCCAAAGACAAAUAGGUUCCGUCUCGAAUUCUGCUUUCGAACUACACGUACUUAAGUUGUAUAAAGUGUAUUACAUUAUUCAUUAUCAUAAUUCAAAUUACUCCAUGUAACAAAUGUAAAAUAGAAAGUAAAACAUCCAUCGCGUGAUGUUUGUGGUGUAAGAGAAAAGCAACAAAGAGUCGAUUGUACUAUUCUGACUAUAUCAUGAGUAGUGAGUGAGUGAGUAUGGUUUUACGCCGCUUUGAGAAAUAUUCCAGCAAUAUCACGGCGGGGGACACCAGAAAUGGGCUUCACACAUUGUACCCAUGUCGGGAAUCGAACCCGGGUCUUCGGCGUGACGAGCGAACGCUUUAACCACUAGGCUACCCGACCGCCCCAUAUCAUGAGCAUGUGUCUGUGAAUCACUAUGACAUUGUGAUGACAUCAGCUCACGUGUUCGCAAAAAGGUGAAACAUGAUAAACUGUUUGAAUUGGGCAUACUAGAAGUUGAUGACUAAAUAAGAAACAUACAACUUCAGGGAUAACAACUUCUGGUUUCUUGCGUUUAGCGAUUCUUACACCGAUAUCAAGUUCGAGUGACCAAGUAAUGAAAGGCUGCAUUUUACAUUUCUUCUUAUAUACAAACGCAAAUCAAGAAGCAUUUGUAAAUCAUGUGAAAUAUCAUGAAACUAAGGAAAUGAAUAAUAGGAAAUACUGAAAGGAAACGGCGACGGGGGAUGAAACUUUGGCAGAUGGUUGAUAAGAAUGAACGUAUUAGUGGAUUCUCAGGCAUUGUUCAUACCGUAUUUAAUGUUUUAAACAUUGUUGUUUGUUUUGUUUUUGUUUAACGCCACACUCAGCAAUAUUUCAGCUAUAUGACGGCGGUCAGUUAAUGAUCAAUUCUGGACCAAACAAUCAUGUGAUUGAUCAUGAUAUCAUGACUAUACACUGUUAAAAGAGAACAUGUGUGUGUUUUUGUAAGCAUGUGUAUGUGUGGGUAUUUGAAACUAAUACUUUUUUUUUUUCAAUUGUAUCACAAAAACUCAAUUUCCAUAAUGUUGCCAAAUAUCCGCAUGUAGUUUUAGAUUAGUUCAGAUAGCUGUAUCUGAGAAAGCUUCAGAAACUUCAUGCUAACAUAAAGAUGUGCCAUUGCCGCCUUUUCAUUCUGACUUUCACUUUCGACUUUCGACAAGUUGUUCAAAUAUAUUUGAAUAAAAUGAUGUAAAAUACAAAGUAUUUUAUUAAUCUGUUUUAACACUUAAUAGACGGGACGAGCAUCUAUGCUGCAUCACAAUCUUGUGUAGUUGGAAGGUAAUGUUGACCCUUUAAUCUGUAUUAUAUGGGCAUAUUAAAAAGACAAGGUAGUCAUCCGUUUCUUCGACUUUACAGACCCGUGAAGAUUCCGGGUUAGACUUGGUCUUCAGUAACCCAUGCUUGUCGUAGGAGGCGACUAACGGGAGAUCCACAUUGCGAAGAUCGAUUUUGUCAAUUACUGGAUUGUCUGGUUAUUUACAGAUCGCCGUCAUAUAGCAGGAGUGCGGCAUUAAACAACAAACAAACAAACAAACAAAUCCACCUUACAACUAGGGGAAAAUCUUAGUAACCUUUCACUGAAAAAGAAUAUUCCUUUCAGAAGCCUUAGCAUAGUCUGACAAGUACAUCAAGAGAAGUACGUGUCAGUUUCAAUUAAACGUUUACCAUUUCAAACAUUUAUUGGGGCGGUCGGGUAGCCUAGUGGUUAGAGCGUUAGCUCGUCACAUCGAAGACCCGGGUUCGAUUCACGACAUGGGUACAAUGUGUGAAGCCCAUUUCUGGUGUCCCCCGCCGUGAUAUUGCUGGACUAUUGCUUAAAGCGGCGUGACACCAUACUCACUCACUCACUCAAACAUUAAUUCUUGCCUAUAGUGUAGAGGACCCUUUCUGCUUGAGUUUUGACACGUGUAAGAAUGCAGGACGACCCCCGUCAGGCUGUGAUAACCAUACGAUAGUAAGACAACGUGUAAACAACGUAGAACGUGUACGUGUAGCUCUCUUAAUGUGACCACUGAGGUCGAUAUAUAAUAACAUAAUAACGGUUAAACUUUGCUAACGAACAGGACUGGCAUUGGUCUUUAGCAAAUAGUUCUAAAAUGUUCCAUUAUACACUUUUCAAAAAUUCAUUCAGUCUAGAGUUGUAUUUGUCUGCUAUCACUAUCAACAAAUUUCGUGUUGCACUAGCCCAGUUUCGCUGUAGCUCCCACACUCUCCAUAUUGAGACUGGUAGGUACGUUAAUACUCCACGAGAGCAGAGAUUGUGCAAUAGUUGCAACCAAAGAUAUGUCGAGAAUGAAUAUCAUUUUUUAUUAAUUUGUAACGCUUAUGAUGAACUUCGUCUUCAGUAUUUACCACAGAAGUAUUUUGUACAUCCUACUCUUGCUAAAUUUAAUAUGCUUAUGGCGGUAAACAAUGAAACUGUAAUUAGAAAUGUUGCAACUUUUAUAUACCAUGCUAUGAAUGUUAGACUCCAAACACUGAGCCUAUAAAUGUUAAUGAUGGACCGAAUAUUGUACCAUGGGCCGCU